UUUUGAGUGACGUGGAGUGUGUAAAGGCGAGGACGCUUACCAAAAGCAUUGAGGUUGAACUCACUCGCCACUGUCGGUGCUCCGGUGACGCCGAGCUACACUUGUUUUCUUCUUUCCUCAUGAAAACGUAAGACACAAUCAAAACUGAAAAGUAAAAAAUUAAAAAAAGAAAAAGAUCUGAACUUGCUCAACUCACCAUGGCCUCCACACUCGCUUGGAGACUCGCUUCCAACAAUGGCACCACCCUUGCCGCAAAUGAUCUGGAAAGAAAUGGUGAUGGGAAGACUCAAGAUUCAGAGCCCCCAACUCCACAUUCUGUUCUAAAGAUGGGAUUGAGAGAUCGUAACAGCAGCAUGGAGGAUCCAGAUGGGACAUUAGCUAGUGUUGCCCAAUGCAUUGAGCAGCUGCGUCAGGGUUCAUCUUCUGUGCAGGAGAAAGAGUAUUCUUUAAGGCAGUUAUCGGAGCUUAUAGAUAUGCGUGAAAAUGCUUUUAGUGCUGUUGGAUCUCACUCUCAGGCCGUUCCAGUACUUGUUUCCCUUCUCCGGUCAGGUUCAUUGAAUGUGAAGAUACAGGCAGCAACUGUCUUAGGCUCACUUUGUAAAGAAAAUGAGCUAAGGGUGAAGGUCUUGCUUGGAGGAUGCAUUCCUCCAUUGCUUGGUCUAUUGAAGUCCAGUUCUACUGAAGGGCAAAUUUCUGCUGCAAAGACUAUUUAUGCUGUCUCUCAAGGUGGUGUAAAGGAUCAUGUUGGUUCAAAGAUUUUUUCAACUGAAGGAGUUGUACCAGUGCUGUGGGAGCAGCUGAAAAGUGGGUUGAAGACAGGAAGUGUAGUUGAAGGUUUAUUGACUGGUGCAUUGAAAAAUCUCUCCAGUAAUACUGAGGGAUUCUGGAAUGCAACAAUACGUGCUGGAGGAGUGGACAUAUUAGUGAAGUUAUUGGCAACAGGACAGCCUAGCUCUUUAGCAAAUGUGUGCAAUUUACUCGCUUCUGUAAUGAUGGAGGAUGCAUCUGUUUGUUCAAAGGUGUUGACAGCGGAGGUGACAAAACAACUUCUGAAACUAUUAGGCCCCGGUAAUGAUGACUCUGUUAGAGCUGAAGCAGCUGGUGCUAUAAAAUCUCUUUCUGCCCAGUGCAAAGAGGCAAGGCGAGAGAUAGCCAAUGCUAAUGGUAUUCCUGCUUUGAUCAAUGCUACCAUAGCUCCUUCCAAAGAAUUCAUGCAGGGUGAGUGUGCUCAAGCAUUACAGGAGAAUGCUAUGUGUGCUCUUGCAAACAUCUCUGGAGGUUUGUCUUAUGUCAUAUCUAGCCUUGGUCAAAGUCUUGAAUCAUGCACCUCACCUACCCAAAUUGCUGACACAUUAGGAGCUUUAGCAUCAGCUCUCAUGAUAUAUGAUGACAAGGCAGAAUCUACCAGAGCAUCAGAUCCAUUGGUUGUUGAGCAGACAUUACUCAAACAAUUUAAACCUCGUUUGCCCUUCCUUGUACAGGAACGGACCAUUGAAGCUCUUGCUAGCUUGUAUGGAAAUUCCAUACUUUCAAAUAAACUUGCAAAUUCUGAUGCAAAACAUCUGCUUGUUGGUUUAAUAACAAUGGCAGCCAAUGAAGUGCAAGACGAGCUUGUAAAAGCUCUGUUGACUCUGUGCAAAAGUGAAGGUAGUCUAUGGCGUGCACUUCAGGGCCGUGAAGGAGUUCAGCUUUUGAUAUCUCUUUUGGGGCUUUCAUCAGAACAGCAGCAAGAGUGUGCAGUGGCCCUGCUUUGUCUUCUUUCAUAUGAAAAUGAUGAAAGUAAAUGGGCAAUUACUGCUGCUGGUGGCAUACCUCCACUUGUUCAAAUUUUGGAGACAGGAUCUGCAAAAGCAAAGGAAGAUUCAGCAACAAUUCUUAAGAAUCUCUGCAAUCAUAGUGAAGAUAUACGUGCUUGUGUUGAAAGUGCUGAUGCUGUUCCUGCUUUGUUGUGGCUAUUGAAGAAUGGAAGCCCAAAUGGUAAGGAUAUUGCAGCGAAGACUUUAAAUCAUUUAAUUCAUAAAUCUGAUACUACGACCAUCAGCCAGCUUACAGCAUUAUUGACCAGUGAUCUUCCUGAUUCUAAGGUUUAUGUUUUGGAUGCUUUGAGAAGUAUGCUUUCUGUUGCUCCCCUUAGUGACAUUUUACGUGAAGGUAGUGCUGCCAGUGAUGCAUUUGAUACCAUGAUAAUAUUAUUGUCCUCUACCAAGGAAGAAACUCAGGCAAAGUCUGCAUCAGCUCUGGCAGGAAUUUUUGAAUCAAGGAAAGACGUGCGUGAAAGUAGCAUUGCUAUUAAAACUCUUUGUUCAGCCAUGAAAUUGCUUAAUGUUGAAUCUGAAAGUAUCCUGAUUGAGUCCUCACACUGCCUGUCUGCAAUAUUUCUUUCCAUCAAAGAGAACAGGGAUGUAGCUGCUGUUGCUAGAGACACAUUAUCCCCCUUAGUUGCACUAGCAAACUCUUCUGUUUUGGAAGUUGCAGAGAUGGCAAUAUGUGCUCUGGCAAACCUUAUUUUGGAUAGUGAAAUUGCAGAGAAAGCUAUUGCAGAAGAAGUCAUCUUACCUGCUACUAGAAUAUUAUGUGAAGGCACAAUUUCUGGAAAAACCCAUGCUGCAGCAGCAAUUGCUCGCCUCCUACAUUCUCGGAAUGUUGAUCAUGCUGUAACCGAUUGUGUGAAUCGUGCUGGAACUGUUCUCGCUUUAGUUUCUUUCUUAGAUUCUGCUGUUAAUGGAUCUGUUGCCACAUCGGAGGCUCUAGAAGCACUUGCCAUCCUGUCCAGGUCAGAAGAGACCAGUGCAAAUAUUAAACCUGCUUGUGCAGUUUUGGCUGAAUUCCCUAAAAGCAUAAGCCCAAUAGUCUUGUGUAUUGUUGAUUCAGAGCCAAUGUUGCAGGAUAAAACUAUUGAGAUUUUAUCUCGAUUAUGUAAGGAUCAACCUGUUGUAUUAGGAGAUACUAUUGUGUCAGCACCUGGAUGUAUAUCUUCAAUAGCUAAGAGGAUAAUUAGUUCCACAAAUGUAGAGGUCAAAAUUGGGGGAGCAGCACUUCUUAUUUGUACUGCAAAAGCAAAUCAUCAGAGACUGGUGGAGGAUCUCAAUUCAUCGAACUUGUGUGUUCAUCUUAUUCAGUCUCUUGUUGAUAUGCUUAUUUCUGUGCAGCCUUCUUUGGGUUACCUGGAUGAUAACAAGAAGGAAUUCAUUAGCAUAUGCAGGCACACAAAAGAAGAGGUUGAAGGUUGUGAAUCCAACACUAGCACCAACAUUAUAUAUGGUGCUGACUUGAUGAUAUGGUUACUGUCCAUUCUUGCUUGUCAUGAUGAAAAAAAUAAAAUUGCAAUAAUGGAGGCUGGAGCAAUUGAUGUUCUCAUCGACAGGAUCUCCAAUUGUUUCUCUCAAUAUUCUCAGAUUGACUACAAAGAAGAUAGCAGCAUGUGGAUUCAUGCUUUGUUGUUGGCAAUAUUAUUUCAAAAUAGAGAUAUCAUACGGGCACAUCCAGCCAUGAAAUCUGUACCAGCACUUACCAGUUUAUUGAAGUCAGAGGAAUCAGCAAACAAAUAUUUUGCUGCACAAUCAAUAGCUAGCCUUGUCUGUAAUGGUAGCAGGGGAACACUUCUGUCUGUGGCGAAUUCUGGGGCAGCAGGUGGACUUAUCUCUUUGCUUGGCUGUGCUGAUAUUGAUAUACAUGAUCUUCUGGAAUUGUCGGAGGAAUUUUCUUUGGUGCGUUAUCCUGAUCAAGUGGCUCUUGAGAGGUUAUUUAGAGUUGAUGAUAUAAGAGUUGGAGCCACUUCUCGGAAGGCAAUACCUGCCCUAGUUGAUCUGCUUAAACCAAUUCCAGAUCGCCCUGGGGCACCAUUUUUGGCACUUGGGCUUUUGACUCAGCUCGGUAAAGAUUGUCCAUCGAAUUUGAAUGUAAUGGUGGAUUCUGGGGCCUUAGAAGCACUUACAAAGUAUCUUUCACUGAGUCCACAAGAUGCAACAGAAGAAGCUGCUACAGAUCUGCUUGGAAUUCUUUUUAGCAGUGCUGAAAUACGAAAACAUGAAUCAGCAUUUGGUGCUGUGACUCAACUUGUAGCUGUUCUACGUUUAGGAGGAAGAGGUGCAAGGUAUAGUGCUUCAAAAGCCUUGGAAAGUUUAUUUUCUGCAGACCACAUUAGAAAUGCAGAGGUUGCUCGACAGGCUGUUCAACCAUUGGUGGAGAUUCUCAGUACCGGUUCAGAAAGGGAACAACAUGCUGCCAUUGCUGCAUUGGUUGGGUUGCUGAGUGAAAACCCAUCAAGAGCACUUGCUGUUGCAGAUGUUGAGAUGAAUGCAGUGGAAGUUCUUUGUAGGAUCCUUUCAUCAAAUUGUUCGAUGGACCUGAAAGGGGAUGCUGCUGAAUUAUGUUAUGCUCUCUUUGGAAAUACAAGGAUUCGGUCCACAACAGCUGCUGCACGUUGUGUCGAACCACUUGUCUCCCUCCUUGUAACUGAGUUUAAUCCUGCUCAACUUUCAGUUGUCCGGGCAUUGGAUAGGCUUGUUGAUGACGAGCAACUGGCUGAAUUAGUUGCUGCACAUGGUGCAGUUGUUCCUCUUGUUGGCCUAAUGUCUGGUAGGAACUUUUUACUUCAUGAGGCGAUUUCCAGAGCUCUGGUCAAGUUAGGAAAAGACAGGCCUGCUUGUAAAAUGGAAAUGGUGAAAGCUGGAGUAAUUGAAAGCGUACUCGACAUCUUACAUGAAGCACCAGAUUAUCUAUGUGCAGCUUUUGCAGAAUUGUUGCGUAUAUUGACCAAUAAUGCUAGCAUAGCUAAAGGACCAUCUGCUGCUAAAGUGAUUGAACCCUUGUUUUUAUUGUUAACAAGACAGGAAUUUGGGCCUGAUGGACAGCAUAGUGCAUUGCAGGUUUUGGUUAAUAUCCUAGAACAUCCACAGUGUCGUGCUGACUAUUCAUUGACUUCUCGCCAAGUUAUUGAACCACUUAUCCCUUUGCUUGAUUCUCCAAUUUCAGCCGUGCAACAGUUGGCUGCUGAGCUUCUUUCACAUCUACUUGUAGAAGAACGUGUCCAGAAGGAUCCAGUGACACAGCAAGCGAUUGGCCCCCUCAUUCGAGUUCUUGGUUCUGGUAUACACAUAUUGCAGCAGAGAGCUGUAAAAGCCCUAGUUAGUAUUGCACUAACAUGGCCAAAUGAAAUUGCUAAAGAGGGUGGUGUUGUUGAAAUUUCCAAAGUGAUAUUGCAAGCUGACCCUUCCCUUCCUCAUGCUUUAUGGGAGUCUGCUGCCUCGGUUUUGUCAAGUAUUCUGCAGUUUAGCUCUGAAUUCUACUUGGAAGUGCCUAUUGCUGUAUUGGUAAGGUUACUUCGAUCUGGCUCAGAGAGCACAGUUGUUGGUGCUUUAAAUGCUCUUCUGGUGUUGGAAAAUGAUGAUGGAACUAGUGCAGAAGCUAUGGCUGAAAGUGGUGCUAUAGAGGCUCUCUUGGAGCUCCUACGAUCUCAUCAGUGUGAGGAAACUGCCGCAAGACUCUUAGAAGUAUUGCUGAACAAUGUCAAGAUUCGAGAAACGAAAGUAACAAAAUCAGCUAUUGUACCAUUAUCUCAGUACCUUUUGGACCCACAAACUCAAGCACAGCAGGCAAGGUUAUUGGCAACUUUGGCUCUCGGGGAUCUGUUUCAGAAUGAGAGUCUUGCUCGAACAAGUGAUGCAGUUUCAGCUUGUCGUGCUUUAGUGAAUGUGCUUGAAGAUCAACCAACAGAAGAAAUGAAAGUUGUAGCUAUAUGUGCUCUGCAGAAUCUUGUGAUGUACAGUCGAUCAAAUAGAAGAGCAGUUGCAGAGGCUGGUGGUGUUCAGGUUGUACUGGAUCUGAUAGGUUCAAGUAAUCCAGAAACAUCAAUUCAGGCUGCAAUGUUUGUUAAACUUCUCUUCUCAAAUAAUACUAUUCAAGAAUAUGCUUCUAGUGAAACUGUCAGAGCAAUUACUGCCGCUAUUGAAAAAGACUUAUGGGCUUCUGGAACUGUGAAUGAAGAAUAUCUGAAAGCCUUAAAUUCUCUAUUCAGCAACUUCCCAAGACUAAGAGCAACUGAACCAGCAACACUUAGCAUUCCCCAUCUGGUUACAUCUUUAAAGACAGGUACAGAGGCUUGUCAAGAAGCUGCAUUGGACGCACUUUUCCUGCUCAGACAAGCUUGGUCAGCAUGUCCAGCUGAAGUUUCUAGAGCUCAGUCAAUUGCAGCUGCAGAUGCUAUUCCAUUGCUGCAGUAUUUAAUCCAGUCUGGCCCGCCUCGGUUCCAGGAAAAAGCAGAAUUCUUAUUGCAGUGUUUGCCAGGGACAUUGGUGGUGAUCAUCAAGCGUGGUAACAAUAUGAAGCAGUCUGUUGGAAACCCAAGUGUUUACUGCAAGAUUACACUUGGAAACACUCCACCAAGGCAGACCCAGGUGGUUUCAACUGGCCCAAAUCCAGAGUGGGAUGAGAGCUUUUCAUGGUCCUUUGAGAGUCCUCCAAAAGGCCAGAAGCUUCACAUUUCUUGCAAAAAUAAGAGCAAAGUGGGAAAGAGUAAAUUUGGGAAAGUAACGAUCCAGAUUGAUCGAGUGGUAAUGCUUGGAUCAGUAGCUGGAGAGUAUGCUUUGUUGCCUCAAAGUAAAAGUGGCCCCCCACGGAAUCUAGAAAUAGAAUUUCAGUGGUCUAACAAGUGAUACCAUCCAGCUUUCAAAUUGCAACUUUAAAGAUCAAGCUGGAAAGAAAUUUUUGGAUAUAUAUUUUUUACGUCAUGUGUAUAUAUCUGUUGUUUAUUUUUGCUCAAACAGAUUCUUUUGUCAUAAUAUUCUUUUGUAACUUGGUUUUUCAUUCCUUGUAUGAUUCUUUGCGUGUUGUCAAUUUAAAUUGAAAUAGCGAGUCUGUUUUAUCAUUUUUCGCUUUGGGGCUUGUAUAAGUACGACUUAGUAUAAUUAUUUGACACUAAAUUCAAUGUAAAAUAACAAUGACAGAGAUUGUUGUACUUGGAGUGAGGCUCCUUUUUGGUACUCAUAAGUGAUGGAGUUUGUGUUUGUCUCGUUACUUUU